AGGAAGCGCCUUGGUACUCAUAGUUAGAACUUGAAAUUUAGCCACAAGUGUUGUACACACUUGCAAUCCUAGCAUUCCAGAUUCUGAGACUAGAGGAGCCUGAUUUCCAUCCCAGCCUGAACUAACUGGAUCAAGACGGACUGGGGAAAACAAAAAUCAUUACUUGUCCAAAUCCUCCAACUCUUGCUUCAGCUGGAUCCACAGACCAUCCUAGCGACUUUAUCUGGCUGUUUUUCGACUUUGAAAUCCUGUCUGUUUUUUAAUCCUGAUACUCAUCUCUCUGAAGACGAGUCUAUCUUCCUUAAGACACAAUGGCAUCUUUCUUUUCUGAUUUUGGCCUUAUGUGGUACUUGGAAGAGCUAAACAGGAAGGAAUUUGUAAAGUUUAAGGAGUUCCUCAAACAGGAGAUUUUGCAGUUGGGCCUGAAACAGAUUUCUUGGACAGAAGUGAAGAAGGCAUCUCGGCAAGACCUUGCCAGUUUACUGUUGAAACAUUAUGAAGAGAAGCCAGCCUGGGAUAUGACCUUCAGAUUUUUCCAGAAGAUCAAUAGGAAGGAUCUCAUAGAGAGAGCAAAAAGAGAGAUUGAUGGAUGCCCAAAGUUAUAUCGAGCUCAUAUGAAGACCAAGCUGACCCAUGACAGUUCCAGAGCAUUCACUAUUAGUAUUCAGAAUUUUUUAAAGGAGAAACUUACUGAGGACGACUAUGAUUGUAUCGAGAACCUUUUCCAAUCAAAGGGAACUGAAUCAAAGCCACAGGUGGUGUUCCUGAGUGGUGUUGCUGGAGUUGGCAAGACACUGAUGUUGAAGAGGUUAAUGCUGACCUGGAUAGAAAGCCCAGUGUUUCUGCACAAAUUCUCCUACAUCUUCUACUUCUGCUGUCAAGAAGUGAAGCAGUUGAAGACAGCUAGCCUGGCUGAAUUGAUCUCCAGAGAAUGGCCUGGCCCCUCAGCUCCCAUAGAGGAGAUACUAGCCAAACCUGAGAAACUCUUAUUUCUCAUCGACAGCUUAGAAGGGAUGGAGUGUGAUUUGUUCAAAUGGGAAUUGGAGCUAUGUGAUAACUGUACAGAGAAGCAGCCAGUGAAUGUACUGCUGAGCAGUUUGCUCAGGAGGAAAAUGCUCCCUGAAUCCUCUCUCCUCAUCUCUGCUACCCCAGAGAGUUUUGAAAAAAUGGAGAACAGGAUUGAAUACACACAUCUGAAAGUAAUAAAGGGACUUAAGGAGAGAAAUAUUAAGAUGAGUUUCCACAGAUUAUUCCAAGAUAGGAACAGAGCCCAUGAAGCCUUCAGUCUGGUGAGAGAAUAUGAGCACCUGUUCACUGUAUGUCAGGUCCCUGUGCUCUGCUGGAUGGUGGCUACUUGUCUAAAAGAAGAGACAGAGAAGGGAAGAGACCCAGUCUCCAUUUGCCGUUGUACUACCUCCCUGUAUACCACUCACAUCUUCAAUUUGUUCAUUCCCCAAAAUGCUCAUUCUCCAAGUAAGAAAAGCCAAGACCAGCUGCAGGGCUUAUGUUCUCUGGCCGCCGAGGGCAUGUGGACUGACACAUUUGUGUUUAAUGAGGAUGCUCUCAGGAGAAAUGGGAUCAUGGACUCUGACAUCCCCAUACUACUGGACAUUGGAAUGCUUAUAAAUAUCAGGGAAUCUGAAAAAUCUUACAUAUUUCCCCAUCCAUCUGUUCAGGAGGUCUGUGCAGCCAUCUUUUAUCUGCUAAAGAGCCACGUGGACCACCCUAGCCAGGAUAUUCAAAGUAUAGAGAAACUCAUGUUUACAUUUCUAAAGAAAGUCAAAGUACAGUGGAUUUUUUGGGGCUGUUUCAUCUUUGGCCUUUUACAUGAAUCAGAACAAAAAAAGCUAGAGGCAUUUUUUGGCCACCAGUUGUCCCAGGAAAUAAAGCAUCAGUUGUAUCAGUGCCUGGAAGCUAUAAGUGGCAAUGAAGAGCUUCAAGAACAGAUAGAUGGCAUGAAGCUGUUUUACUGUCUGUUUGAGAUGGACGACGAAGACUUCUUAGUACAAGCUAUGAACCGUAUGGAACAGAUUAACUUUGUGGCUAAGCAUUAUUCUGAUGUUAUUGUUGCUGCCCACUGCUUACAACACUGUUCUACACUGAAGAAACUAUCCUUUUCAACCCAGAAUGUCCUGAGUGGAGCUCAAGAACACAGCUAUACGGAAAGGCUUCUCACUGCUUGGAAUCAUAUUUGCUCUGUGUUCAAAAGCAGUAAGGACAUUCAGGAACUCCGAAUGAAAGACACUAAUCUCAGUGAAUCAGCCUUUUCAGUCUUGUAUAAUAAUUUGAAGUACUACAACUACACCUACACCCUUAAAGCUCUUGUGGCAAAUAAUGUGUUCUUCGUAUGUGAAAAGUACCUGUUCUUUGAGUUGAUUCUGAACUGCAAUGUACAGCACUUGAACCUCAGCCUCACAUUCCUGUCCCACAAUGAUGUGAAACUGUUGUGUGAUGUCUUGAACCAGGCAAAGUGCAACAUAGAGGAACUUGUGGUAGCAGGUUGUAGCAUUUCAUCUGAUGACUGCAAGGUGUUUGCAUCUGUCCUGAUCAGCAGCAAGACCUUGAAGCAUCUUAAUUUGGCAUCCAACACCUUGGACAAAGGAAUAGCCUCACUGUGCAAGUCUUUGUGCCACCCAGACUGCAUUCUCGAGCACUUAGUUUUGGCCAACUGCUCCCUCAGUGAGCAAUGCUGGGACUACCUUUCAGAUGUUCUUAGGCGGAACAAAACCUUGAGCCACCUAGACAUCAGCUCCAAUGACCUGAAGGAUGAAGGGCUGAAGGUUCUCUGUGGGGCUCUCACUCUCCCAGACAGUGUCCUGAAGUCACUAAGUUUGAGACAUUGUCUCAUCACCACUAGUGGUUGCCAGGACCUGGCUGAAGUCUUGAGGAACAACCAGAACCUGAUCAGCCUACAUGUUUCGAACAAUAAACUAGAAGACACUGGUGUGAAGCUGCUGUGUGAUGCCAUAAAACAUCCCAACUGCCACUUAGAGGAUCUUGGGUUGGAAGCCUGUGAGCUAACUGGUGCCUGCUGUGAGGACCUUGCAUCUACAUUUACUCAGUGUAAGACUCUGUGGGCAAUGAACCUACUAAAGAACGCCUUGGACUACAAUGGGUUGGUUGUCCUGUGUGAAGCUUUGAAACAGCAAACAAGUGCCACAUACGUACUUGGAUUGCGAAUUACUGACUUUGAUAAUGAAACCCAAGCAUUUCUGGUUGCUGAACAAGAGAAAAAUCCAUGCUUGAGCAUCCUAAGCAGUCUGUAAGCAGAAGCAGAGAACAAGGAUGGAAAUUCUGGCGCAAGAACCAUGGGUGUAUUGGACCUCAAACAACCUCCAAAGAAAGAAAGCAAGAUCAUUAUUUUGGUCCACUGUAUACAAAUUUUAUAGAUAAAUAACAUUCUAAUAUGAUAUGAUUUCUUUGUACCACAUUUAGAUGUGUCUUGCAUGAUAGAUGUGGCUUUUUGUUUGUACUUCAUAUUCAAAUAGGCCAUUCAAAGACAUUCAUGCUAAAAUAGCUGGCUUAUAAUGACAUUUUAAUUUCCAUACUGGUAUGCUGAAUACCUAAUAAAGUGUUAAGUAUCUU